AUGAUUGCCGCCACUACCGCAGGAGUCGGGUCAGCCGCCAGAGCCGCGGCCACGCAGAAACCGCGCUUGUUUGACAGCUUGGACGCGGCCAGCAAGGAGCGAGUGACAACGUUGCUGAGCCACUACCAGGUGUUUCUCCCUGUGGAGCAGGUUUCCUUUAUGCAAGAGCUUGAGCGGUACAACGAGGAGCAACAGACAGCGGCGCUGACGGCGAGCAAGGCCGGUGAGGUGUGGGUACGCUACACAACCCCGCGUCUGCAAGCAGUGCAGGCACGCGAUCCUGCGUAUGUGCAGCGGUUGAUCUCUGACAUAGCCGCCCCUCGCGAGUCGAAGAGUGAUGAAACGCCGGGAGAGGUGACACCACCGCCAUGCACACUGGAGGAUAUUCUCCAUACUUGCGGCAUGUUUGGUGAGCCGGAAGGCGUUCCCAUCCGUGUAGGCAAGAUGUCUCUCUAUGAAAGGUUGCACGAGAACAUGAAAGGCCGGCGGAGCACGGCAUGUGGGAGUGUGGUCAACUCCACCACUCCAAACAACCCUACCACCGCCGAUUCAGGAGGUGGUACUGCAUGGAGCUCAGCUCAGUUUGAGACUGCUGCCAAACCAGCAGCGGAGGAGCGUGAGAUGGGUGAUGCCGCAUCCCUGGAGGCAUCGGCGCAAGCCGAGAGCGGCGAGAGCGCAGUGGUGCCUAUGUACACCGGCGCUUUCCCGUUUCACGCAUCGUCGACCAGGCCGGCCGCACCAUACCGCAGCAACGCCUACCAGACCGUGCGCCUCGCAAUGAGCUCGCCUGGAUACAUUUCGACGAUGCAGCCGACCUCGCUGGCGGAGGUUCAAUCGCCGCAAGACGGCGUGAAAUCCGUGUUGAACGCCACCCCUUUCCCGAUCACUGAAGAGGAACUGCGCGAGUGGUUCGAGGAGCUGGAUGUAUGUGGGCGUGGCGUCCUGAGCGUUGAGGAGUUCCAGCGCUGCAUGGAGUCCUUGGAGCGCGACCUGGGUGUUCCGACAGAGUACGCGACACUUGAGCGAGACGGGGCGCAGUUAGCGAACAAUGGCUGGCUUAGCUUCGAAGCCUUUGCCUACCUCGUGCUCCGCUUUGCGCGUGUUUGA